UUCUGCUUCCUCCCCCUCCUCUUCCUCUUGCCAUGUGUCGUUUUUUCAGCUCGUGUGGCAUCAUACGUAGCAUCGUAGUUUGGUCGAACGCGAGCAAUUUCUCAUUGUCCCUAGAAAAGUUUGUGAAUCUGGCCGACAGCAGAAAUCAGAAAGUAGACAUGACGCACUUUGAUCUGCUCAAAAUUCUCGGCACUGGAGCUUAUGGCAAGGUCUUCCUGGUGCGAAAGAGGACGGGUACCGACGCUGGCAUGCUGUACGCCAUGAAAGUCUUGAAAAAGGCUGCCAUCGUGCAGAAGAAGAAAACGACCGAGCAUACAAAGACGGAGAGACAAGUUCUGGAGGCCGUCAGGGACAGUCCUUUCCUGGUGACUUUGCACUACGCGUUUCAGACUGACGCGAAACUUCAUCUAAUUUUAGAUUACGUGAACGGCGGUGAAUUGUUUACACAUUUGUAUAUGCGUGAGCAGUUUCCGGAGAAUGAAGUACGCAUUUAUAUCGGCGAGGUGAUUUUAGCGCUGGAACACCUUCACAAGCUCGGCAUAAUCUAUCGAGACAUCAAGCUGGAGAACAUAUUGCUAGAUCGAGAAGGGCACAUUGUACUGACGGACUUUGGACUCAGCAAGGAGUUCCUCCCGCAUGAAAGGAACGGCAACGCGCGAGCCUACUCAUUUUGCGGAACUAUCGAAUAUAUGGCACCGGAAGUAGUACGAGGAGGCAUGACCGGCCACGAUAUCGCUGUCGACUGGUGGAGCGUAGGGGUGCUAACGUACGAGCUGCUGACCGGUUCGUCGCCUUUUACGGUGGAAGGCGAGAGCAACUCGCAGCAGGAGAUCUCGAAAAGGAUACUGAAGUCGGUGCCGCCGAUGCCGGGCUACUUGAGCCUGACAGUACGUGACUUUAUCAGCCGUCUGCUCAUCAAGGAUCCACGACGAAGACUGGGCGGUGGACCGGGCGAUGCCAACGAGCUCAAGGAGCACCCCUUCUUCAAGAACGCGCCGCCACCUUUCAGCUGGGAAGCGUUGGAGAAGAAACAGAUCAAGCCACCCUUCGUUCCGCGCAUCCGGGACGAAUUGGACACUAGUAACUUCUCGGACGAGUUCACGAAGAUGGCCGUCGCCUAUAGCCCGGCGAUCGUGCCGCCUAACCACGACAAGAUCUUCAGGGGUUACUCGUACGUGGCGCCUUCGGCAAGAUUCGGCGACAGCCACAUGUUCAAAGAAGCAAGCACGAUACAAGGGAUCGAGACGACGACCAGUCGCGGCGAGUCGUCGCGACUCUUGGCGAUCGCCGCACCGCGUGCGGAAGAGUCUUCACCCUUCUCCCAGCAGUAUGAGAUAAGGUCGAAUGAUAAACCUCUGGGCGACGGCAGUUUUUCGGUUUGUCUACGGUGUCGUCACCGCAAGACCCAGCAGGAAUUCGCCGUAAAGAUCAUCACCUCUAGGAUAAAGUGCAUCCGAGAGCCGAAUCUGUUGCGCGCUUGUCAGGGUCACCCGAACAUAGUGAAGCUGAUGGAUGUCCACCAAGAUGGAGGGCACACUUAUCUCGUGAUGGAGCUGUUGUCCGGUGGGGAACUGUUGCGACAACGGCGACGCUUCACCGAGGAGCAGGCGCGCCGAGUGAUGCGGCAGUUGGUGUCCGCGGUGCAAUAUAUGCACGCGCGAUGCGUGGUGCAUCGGGACCUUAAGCCGGAGAACAUUGUGUUCGCGCAUAAGGGCGAAGACUCACCGGUCAAGAUAGUGGACUUUGGCUUCGCACGGAUAAAGCGCAACUGCGAACCGCUGCACACACCUUGCUUCACGCUUCCGUAUGCUGCGCCGGAGGUGAUGACCGGCCAGGGCUACGACGAGAGCUGCGACCUGUGGAGCUUGGGCGCUAUUCUCUACUUUAUGCUGUCGGGUAACCAAUCGUUCGGUACCGACUCACCCGAUCUGGCGACGUGCAUCCAAACGGGCGAGAUCGACUUUGACGGCAGCACUUGGAGCCACCUGUCUGGCCCGGCGAAAGAAGUGAUGAAAGGUCUGUUGACAUUGGAUCCCAACAAGAGGCUUAACGCGAGCGCGCUCGCGAAUCACCCGUGGCUAGCGGGGCCUGGUCAUUCUUCGACGGGCAGCCUUCUUUCGUCCAACUUUACCGCUGUUAAUACCACCACCAACACUACCGCUGCCGCCCUCGCCCUCGCCACCAUUAUUACCAACACCACCACCAACACCGUCAACACCAUCACCAACAACAUCACGACCGUCGUCACUGCCACUACUACGUCUACUACGUCCGUCACUACCGUCAGCUCGUCGACAUGCGAGCGCGCCGCUGUUUGCGAGGGCUUCCGUUUGCGCGAAGUAGAUGGUGCCAAGCUCGCGCAGCGCCGUAAGUUGCAGAAACGUUCCACUUCCAGCUCGGUAUCCUCGUCGGCGUCCACAGCUUCCUCGAGCCCGCCAUCAGCUCGGCUGCUAAGGCCGCCAAGCGCUUCGACGAGUAACGCGACUACUUCCGCCUCACCGGCUCAACCGAGCGUCUUCGACUUUAACGAGGAUCAUGUGAACGAGUAUCUCAGCUCUCUGUCUUCUUCCUCCGAUUCAAAUUCUCCCAGAAUCUCGCUGCAAGAUAUCGCCAGUAAGAAACGACGCAGACGCAAUGUCGCAGACCUGUGUCAGCGGAAAGUUCCGACGAGACUGCAACGACACAGACGCGACGUCGAUAGCGAGUAUUGCGAUAAUAGCGACGACAUCAAUGGGCCGUUGACGCGAUCGAGAAAACGUAAGCUAGAACUGGCAGUGUUGAGCGGUUCCGACAGUUUCGCCGAGUCGAACGAGUCCACGCAAGGUGAUGGGGAAACGAAUAUCCAUAGGAAACAAAAGAGCAGCAAGCGAUCCAAACGCAUCAGCGCGGAUAAUAAAGAUUAGAGUUUUUUCUUACGCGGAUUCGAUAACUAACUCAUUUUAUUUCCUACGCAUUUUACAUGAUGUGUAAAACUGUUGCCUUUGGCGUUUCGCUCGUACGAGACGCGAACAUUGCAUCAUUCCUAUCGAGAGAGAGAGGGUGGGAGGGGAGGAGAGAGAGAGAGAGAGAGAGAG